AAAGUAGCAGUACUAGCAAUACUUAAUAUGUUUAAUAAUAAUAUUACCUACUUAAUUAAGGGAAUUAAUAAUAAUUAUCUAUUUAAUACUUUAAUACUAACUUUAAGUUAUUAUAUAUCUUUUAGUAACUUUUAUAUCUAUUUUAAGCCUAUUAGAGAUAUACUAUAUAUAUAUUAUAUAGGCAUGUUUUUACUGCCUAGUCUUAUAGAAGAUAUCUUAAUUACUUAA